AUGCUUCGGCUCAGGCAUCUGCUUCGAAGUCAAUCGCGCGCCUUCUCUUUCCACAACGGCUCUCGCCAGACCCUCGCAGCCCCUCCGACCGUCCGGCAUGUGAGAUUCAGGCAGCCUUGGCUAAGAUCUUUCUUCACCAAGUUUUUUCUUUAUGGCGCCGCGUUUCAUUUGUGGACCUCCUUUGUCCUGGUUCGAUUUGAUGACGAUACCCACGACGACGUUUCAACCCUCGAAUCAAGCUUAGAGGAGGCUGGCCCUCGCCGGAAGUCUCGAGACACAGAUCUUUCAGCGAAAGAGGGGAGGAAUAAGGAUACAGAAGAUGGAGCGCCUAUGUUCAUCCCACUUACCUGGUCCCGAUUGCGGGAAGGUGAGCUGUAUGCUGCGUCGGACCCAGAAUGGCAAGCGUUCGUUCAGUUGUCCAAGGAUCGGAAGAAGCUUCAAAAACUGAGAGAUGAACUCGCAGCUCUCGUUUUGGAAAGUGCUUCGAGUCGGAUGUCCCAACUCCUCGGCGGACCUCUUUCUUUGACCGGUUUCUGGCUUGUUCAUCAAUUCCCGCCUCGCGCUCCUCCGGAAUAUCUUCGAUCUGGGCUCGAAAUUACAGACGAGGGCGUAUCUUGGGUCACCAAACCUCUAGACCCCGACAUGGGCGACAGACUAGAGACGUUCAUGAAGCCUUUGCACGUAGCGCUUGCAAUCAAAGAUGCAUACUUGCUACUACUCAUGAGACAGGUGAACCGCCUCAGGCAUCCCCAAGAACAGCCAGUUGAUGCUCUGGAGUCUCUGAAUGAAAGCUAUACUCUGUCAAGGAACGAAAGGCUCAAUCCUCUUAGCCCCCACGAGCAACCAAAAUUGCAACCUCCUCUUGUGGAUGGGCCUACAGAAAGCGCACCAUCCACCGGAGACCCAGGACUCCAUCCAUCUUCCAUCAUUGCUUCGUUGCAGAGACUUCCAUUACCUGACCUGGGCCCCGGCUCGGAUCUACACCUGGCCUCAAUCGCAUUUAAAUUACAAUUAAAUGCGUAUCGAGCUCAAAUGAAGCGAACACCUCGCCGUGGAACCUUUUUCAUUUCUGGCCCUGUGGGCAUCAAGGGGCCUGGCGGGUUCUGCCGAUUCGAAGUCCGCGGUGAGUAUGAUCCAUCUAAAUCGGCAUGGCGGACGGUUGAAAUGGAAUUGAAAGACCUGAAUCCUAGGAAGCAGCGAGCACUUGGAGGCCAUUGA